AUGAAAUUUGCCAUGCAGCUUAGCACUGUCGUGCACUGUUGCCUCCUAUGGAGUGUAGUGACAGCCGCAGGACCACAACCGGCAUACUUCUCUGCUUAUGCCACAGUUGACGAGAGCACAUUUUACAUCCAGGGCGGAUCCAACAUCUCCAACUCCAGAAUCAUAUACGAUCAAUUCUACUCUCUUGACUUGACACAGAGCUGGAAUGUCACCAAUCCUCCAUGGUCCGCGCUUGCCGUUGGCCUCGUGCCUGCACGACUCAAGACCGUCUUUCAUUCGAUAUCGCUCUCCAGCAACCGCAAGACAUUGACGUUCUGGGACAUGUACAGUCUGUCGCCUUACUCUGCUAAUUACCACCUCGACACCAAUGCAUGGGAGCUUACGAGUGUGUUGACUAAACCGAGUUAUAUCCGUUAUUAUAUUUUAUUUUCAGCGCAUAAUGGAACCAAAAUGAUUCUCUUUGGAGGAACCUACAACAGCAGCGUCUACAUUGAUACCCUGUUUAUCCUUGACGUCACGACCUUGACAUGGAGUCAAGGAGGCAAGCAUAAGCCUCGAUCAGGAGCCGCUUGCUCAGUCUCCGGAGACUACCUUCUUGUCUGGGGUGGCACGUCGGUUGACAAUGCAGGAAUCCCUGCGACUCCUGAUGUAUACAACAUCAACACAGCUCAGUGGACAAACACGUUCAUCGCCAAAAUAAAACCAACACCAAAACCUACAACUACUACCACAACAACAACUCUACCUACAGGAACAGGAUCAGCAGGAGUUGAAAACCCGACAACAGGGGUAGAACCCCCUAGUGAGAGCAACAAAGCCGCAAUCAUUGGUGGCUCCGUCGGUGGUGGACUCUUUCUUCUCCUUUUGAUUGUCGGCGGGUUGUGCUUUUGGAGAAGGCGCCGCAAUACUGCCCAGCAGCAUCGAACCAAGGAGAUAGGGGAGGAGAAGCCACCUGCAAAGAAGUUUCAAGUUCGCAUUGUUCAACAGCCCGAGACAGGAUCGGCAGAAGAAUCCACAUUCUCUCCAAGUCGCCCCUUCAGAAUCACGCCCAGUAACUCUCACAGGAAAUCGAACAAGAAAGAGGGACAAGAGGCGGAUGAUGAACUCUCUUAUUAUUUCCACUCGCAUGGCGGGGCCCCAUCGCCUACUCGCAGUGAAGAGUCGUUUUCUUCGUCUGCCCCGUCGACAGCAACCUCAACCCUUGAGGACGAUUCCCACCACACCAACGUUACCAACACCACUCUGCUUCCUCAGCAUAUCAUCACACUCAAGCCAUCCCAACGUCAACGUUACCGCUAG